UCAAUUCAACCAUCAAAAGUCUCUAAAUUUCUUAUUUACUUUCUUGUUUUCAAUCUUCCGGAAAAGAAAAUGGCAAUGAUAAGUACCAAGAAACUCAUCAAAAUGGUUAGGAAAUGGCAGAAGUUUGCAGCCAUGCAGAGGAAGAGGAUUUCAUUUCCAAGAAAUGGCAGUACAUCCUCAUCACCUAUAGUUGAAAAAGGACAUUUUGUAGUAUAUACAGUCGAUCAAUUUCGCUUUGUCAUUCCAUUGGCUUACCUUGAAAAUGAAGUCAUUGAGCAACUCUUAAACAUGUCCGAAGAAGAGUUUGGACUGCCGAGUGGUGGCCCUAUUACAUUACCUUGUGAUUCAGCCUUCAUGGACUACAUCAUUUCGCUAAUAAAAAAGGCAUAGCUGCUGGAGAUCUUCACAAAGCGUUGCUCCUAUCAAUUCCUUCUUCUAGCUGUUCGACUUCUUCUUUGCACCAAGAAAGUGGAAACCAACAGCUUCUUGUUUGUUGAGUCAUAAUCAA